AUGUCCGAGAUUCUGGAAAUUCCAAUUUCCAGCAGACAAAAUCGGCGAAAAGUGGAGAUUUGCCACGUGGAUGGACGGUUUUUUGCAUCGAAAAGUGACUCCGCCUACUUGGAAUCCGAUGCUCGUGUCUCGAUUAAUCGCUCCGCCCCCUCCACAACAGGCUCCGCCCCUUGUUCAAAAAAUAAUUGGCAAUUUAACUCGAAUUUAUGCCCAAUUUUGGCAGAAUUAGUGGCAGUUUUGGUGGAAUUUGGAUUCGCCGACGUCUUCAGACUCCAGAUGACGUCAUCAGAAUCCGUCGUCGCCACGACGUCUUCUGAAUCGGGAUUCUCGAAAACUCCGAUGAAAAUGGAAGAAAUUCCAUUUCCAGAUGAUAGGGAAUUUCGAAUUAAACGACUCGUUGUGAGGGAUUUUUGGAGAAAAGGAUACUUCUUGGCUGAUGGUACUCGGUUCGGCGGUGAUUAUCUGGUCUACACCAAGUCGCCAAAUCAGUGUCACGCUGAAUUCGUGCUCCUCUGCACACCGUGUUCCGACGAGAAGCGAAUUUCGGCGAUGAGGUGUUGUAAUCAAGUGAAGAAGACGUUGAUUCUGGCGACGACGCCUUCUGGAGAUAAUCUGAAACCGCAUUAUACGAAAUGCGAAUGGUUUCGACCGGAAUUAUUUUGA